GAAACGUUACUGACUUCAGAAGAUACGUGUAGCUAAGUGUGUCUUCAGAGUAGGGAUCUUGUAUAAUGCCGAAAAAACAAACUAAUUCUAAUAGUAUAGUGCUGGUGUAGGUCACAUACUGUAUAUUAAAGUGUAGUUGAGCUAUUUUUAUUAUUGUGAAUGAUAACAAUACUAACAUAUUGUAACUUAGCUAACAGUAUAACUUUAGUUAUGAAAAUUCUAUCUACGUCGUUAACUCCAUCAUCAACUCAAGUUAAUCAAUGAUAAUAUUUAAUGCUACUGGUACAAAUGCAAAAUUUGAAUCAUUGAACUAUGUCUUGGCUUAGUGACAGUUUCAGUUCUUUGACUGGCCACUUUAACCAUUUAACAAAUCUGAAAAAUAACGUUUCAGCAGAAGACUUUGGACAGGAAGACAUAAGCCAAGAAGCCUAUACUGUUCACCAGGAUCAUGCUGUAAUAGGAGACAAAUAUGACACUCAUCUGGGCUUUGAACAAAAUACCAGAAGAGACAGUUGUUCAGAGGAAACCACUGAAGAACUUAAGACCAUGAUUGAGGAACUUAAAGCUGAAAGAGAUUCACUCUCUGAUAGUCUGCUCGAGUUGGAUGCACAACACCAGGAAGCCAUUACAAAAAUUUUAUCUUUGAAACAAGAGUUAUCUGAUGCCAACACACAGCUAAAAAAAGAAGUGGCAACAUUGAAAUUGAAACUUCAGACAGAGGAACAAGCAAAGACACUUCUUGAAACUGAAGUUGAAACCCUCAGGGAGCAGAUAACACAGAUAUACCGCCCAACACAGUAUGAUAAUGUUAACGACAAAUCUAGUGAAAAUUCUGACAGUGAAAUACUACAUGGAAGGCCACAACUUGCGAUAGGACUGUAUGAAAAAGACACUACAAAUGAAGAAGAAGCUAAAGCUUCUUUUAAUUCAAUAAUUUCUUCCCUUCAUGCCAUUACUACUGACAACUGUAACCUUGAAGAAAAGCUUUCUUGUUCAGAAAAAGAAAUAAAAAAGUUGAAUGAUGUAAUCUUGUCUCAGACCAGAAAGAUUGAAAGUUUGAGCUUACAGUAUAGAGAGUUACAAAAUGACUAUUGUAAAUUAAGACAAUGUGCUGAGAAACAAAAUAACGAUCAAUUUAAAAAAAAAAUUGUUACAAGUAUUGAAAUGAUUAAGAAAAGUGAUGUAAAACAAAUGGAAGCAAAUAAAAAUAAUAUAGAUGAGAGUUUUACUAGUGAAAAUAUGGAGUUGAAUAACAUUCAUGAUCAAGAAACCAUCUUGGAAAGCAAGCUAAAAAAUGAACUAGAAAAUGUAAAUAGAUUUCAUUCAGUCAAAAAGGAAGAGGAGAGUAGUUUAAAGAGUUUCUUAAAUGGACAGGAAGUAGAGUAUUUUCAAAAUCAUAUUGAGAACCUCAAAACAUUGCUUCAAGAUAAUGAAACAAGUAGUGAUGAGAAAUCUGUUAAAGAUUUAGAAGAAAUGAAAACCAGAAUUGCAUGUUUAAGUGAACAACUGCAACUGUCCCAAUUGAAUUUUCAGUUUCAGUCUCUUGAUGAGACUGAGAAAGAUACUGAUGUAAAAUCACUUUUAAAGAAAUUGUAUUUUUAUGAAAUGAAAAAUAAAGAAUUAGCUGAUUCUCUUGCUGCUACUACAGAAGAACUAUCCCAGCUUAGAAUAUUAGUAAAAAAUGAAAAAAAUCCUUUGCAAGUUCAAAAAGCAUCACAGACAGAAACAGAGUAUUAUGAAAAUGAUACAAGUGUUGUAAUACUUCAUCAGAACAUGAAUGAUUUAGCUCUAAACAGACUUAAAAAAACUGGAGAAAAUCUUGUAUCUGAAGAAAAUGUUGUCAAAUGUGAAUAUGAUAAAACUGAAACAGACAAUUUUGACAAAUUAUGUUCAAAAACUACACAGAGUAAUAAAAUGGGUAGUGAAACAGACUGUAUAUCAGAUAAGAGUGAGUUCUCAAAGAAAAACUCAGCUUUUCAUGAUAAUUCAGUGUACUUGGGGUGUUCAGAAAAACAGACUAGUGUAAGGAAUUGUCAAAAUGAACUUGUAAAUCAUGGAAAUACUGUUGAAGAACUUGAUACUGAACAAGUGAAUUUAAGUUCAAAGUUAAUAGAGGAAAAAGAAAUGGAAUCAGAUAUUAAAAAAUUUAAAUUUUCUAGUGAGAAGUCAUCAGAAUCUUAUAACACUCUUUCUGAUGACAGUAAUAACCUUAAUCUAAAAGACAAAAAUGAAUAUGGAAGAAGUACAUCUGUCAGUGCUAGUAAACCAAAUAAGGAUAGUAUUGAAAGAGAAAAUGAUUUUGAACAUGGAAAUAUAAAACAGAAGAAUGCUGAAAUUUCUAUGCUGAACAAAAAAAUUGAAGUACUAAUGAAAUUACUUGAUCAGAGUGAUUCUAGUAAAUGUUCAUUGAAAAAUCAAGUAGAUAAGGUCAGUUGUUUAGAAGAUCGGAUACACUGUUUACAGACAGAAAAGGAACAGCUAUUAACUGUCAUCAAUGAAAAGUCACGUGAAUGUAGCAACUACAAAUCAGAGGUGUACCGUUUGGUGAAUAUUGUUUCAGCUGAAAAACAAGCACUGAAUAAGCUUCAGAAAGAUAAUCAAGAUAUAGUUAGACAACAAGAAAUUCCUGAUAAAGAACUGACUAGAGAAACUAUUCAAAAUCUCUCCAGAAUUAUUUGUGAUAAAGACUUAGAAAUUGAGAGCCUAAGACAAAAAUCAGAUACACUGUUAGCUUUAGUUCAGGAUCCCUCUUUGGAAAAUGUACAAAUAAAUUCUCUUUUAGAAGAAAAAAAUCAGUUAUCAAAGCAGUUACAUUUAUAUCAAUCAGAUAGAGAGGAAAUAGUCAAAACACUUGAUCAAAAACAUCAAGAAAAUGUAAAAUACCAUGAUGAAAUUCAAAGAUUAAAUGAACUUGUACAAACACAAUGUGAAAAAUAUGAAAAAUUAGAGCAUCAGCAUCACACAAUCUGUAAGCAGUUUGAAGACAAGAAGAAAUCUCUCAUUAACACUCAAAAUGAACUAAUAGUAGUUAGACAGAAGCUUUCGAGUUUAGAAUUACAGUUUGCAGAUUUAAAACAAAUAUAUCACCAGGCAUAUGACAGAAAGCAGUCAACAAAGUCAGCACAAAUUCAAUGUGAUCUCACUAAUGAUGAAUUCAGAAGACUUUCGGAAGUUACUACAGGAAAAGUCUUGUGGAACCAUGAUAAAGAUCAUGUCAUCUUAGAACUUUCUUCAUCUAUACAAAAACAAAAAGAAGCAAUAAGUGAAAAAGAAUCUGAAAUCGUUAACCUGAAAAAAAUAAUCAAAAACUUUGACUCCAAUAAAGGAGUUUCAGAAAAAGAAUGGAACUCAUGUGAAGGUAUUACCAAAAAAGACAUGGAGUUACAACUUGAAAGCACACGUGCAGAAAUGCUGAAGCUAGAAGAAUCUAAUAAAAAGUUGACCACGACAGUUCAAGAGCAAGAAUUUGAACUUAAAGCUCUACAAGACAAGGUUGUUACACUUUCAGAGCUGGUUCAGCAACAAAGCCAAAGUGGUGACAAUAAAGGAAGUCAAAUAGAAAGGUUGUUAAUGGAAAGUAGUGACAUGCUACAGAAAGCACAGAAAUUUCAACGAGAAAAAGAUGAAGCUUUGCUGAGCCUUUCCCAGCAGCAGGCAGAGAAUGUGGACCUGCAAAACAAAGUACGUCUUCUUGAAGAAAAUGAAAUCCGCAUGUACAGUGAGGUGGAAAGACUUAGGAGCCAUCUGCUUCAGAUUGAAGAAAUGUAUACCAAGGAGGCUUUGAAUGCAGAAGAAAGAGAAAAGAGCUUAAGGCAACGAUUAGUGCAUGCAGAGGAAAAAGUUCGAGAAUCAUCAACUGCUGCAUCCAGUGCUAGCGAAAAUGUAAACUUACAAGUAGAAAAUUUGGAAGAACAGCUAGAAUUAAUGACAAAACAACGUGACAAAGCUUUGGAGCAAGUGUCACAGUUGGAGGAUCAAGUGCAGCACUAUGCAGCAUCUUUGGGCAAUUUACAACUUGUGUUGGAACAUUUCCAGAAAGAACAAGAAAGAAAUGUAAGAGUGAUGGAGAAGAAUCAUCAAACUGAACUGGAUAAGGAAAAGAAGAAAUAUCAAGAUCUUUUAACUGAAUUAAAUAAAAAAGAGGAAUGCCUAAGUGAAACUUUAGAAGCUCUGCAUGCUGCUUCACGUUUAAGUGAACAGUUGGAUAAAAAGGAAGAGACAAUUCAGUAUUUAAAAGAAAAAUUGUCUAGACAAGAAGAAUCACUAAUCAAAACACAAGAACAGACUGCGCAGCUACAAGUAAACAUGGAAGGAAAAGUGGAUAAACAAGUAAUGAAGAACUUAGUUUUAGGAUACUUCAACACACCACCAUGUCAGCAACCAGAAGUGGUCAGACUUUUAGCGAGAAUACUUGAUUUUAACCAAGAAGAAUUGAAUAAAGCAGGAAUUGUAUUAGGAAGAAAUAAAAGCAGAACAGGAAAAAGCUCUGGGUGGUUUUCAAGUAUUUUUGGGAAAGUGAAUACUUCUACUCAGAGUCCAUCAAGAGAGGUGAUUGACAGUCCUUAUGCUGACAAGUCUUUUUCAGCACUUUUUGUACAGUUUCUUCAGAAUGAAUCACAGCUUAUACGUCAAGUUAGUCUACCUGCUGAAGAAAUGGCAAUGGAAGUUACAAAUAAAAGUAUUACUACAGGUCGUCCUGUGAGUAACUAUGUGUCUGUAGUGACCACCAAAAAGGAUAAUUCUGGAAUAUCGCAAGCCACAAAAAAUGUAUCUGUUUUGUCCUCUGGUGACCACUCUAAACACCCUUUAAUGAGACCAAUGCCUACAAGCCUUCCAACAUUAACACCAGUACCAGUAGUUCCAAAUCAUUCAGAAACUAAUACUUUUCUCAGAGAAGUUCUUAAAUAGAUUAUGGUCAACAUGAUGUAAGAGUAAAGGAAAUUGAAUACUGAUGAAAGUUAUGAAUUACAUUAAGGAUAACUGUAGAUAAUUAUAUAUGACGUUAAAGUCGUAUUAGGAUCAUUCCAAGAGAUGUAAGGACAACUGUUCACAUGUAAAUAAAUAUUAAAGAAUUUUGUAUAAUUAAAAAGCAAUGAAUCUGUUUUCAUUUUAAAACAGGAUUAACAAGUAAAUGUACUGAUUAACAGUUAAAAAUUGUAAGAAAAUGAUUUAAAAAAUGAUGUUAUUGGCUAAGUGUAUUAUUUGAAUUUUCAAGAACUAUAAACUGUUUUUGAACUUAAUAAAGUCAAAAUGAUUAUUACAAAUAAAUAAUGAAAUUUAUGUGUAGGUUUGAAAGAUAGUGAAAUACAACAUAGUACUCUUAAUUAAAGAUAUAUCAGAACCAAAAUAAAUUUGUAUAACAAAAGAAUUCUACUAUCAUAAUUUUAAGAAUGCUAUAUUUGGAACAGACAUUUCUUAUAAUGAACAAAAUAAUUAGAUCUAAAGGGAAUACAAAUUUUAAGCAAUUGCAUAAAUAUAAUGUUUGAUUCUGAAUUAUACAAUUUAAUGAUGAAAUUAUAAUUUUUGUUGUUUAACUCAUGGGCCAAGCAUGGUCCGGUAGUUAGCAAGCAGAACUGUGGAGCUGAGAUUCUGUGGUUUGUGUCCUGUUACUGCCAGAAAAAAAGAUAAAAAAUGCUGUGCACUUUGGGGCCAUAGUUGCAUUAUGAGAAUGCAUUAUUCAGUCUAAUAAGAGUUGUUGGUGGGUGGUGUUGACUAGUUGCCUUAUAGGAAUGGCUUAAAUAGAUAGGCCUUGUGUAGCUUUGUUCAAAAUCCUACAAAAAAACUUAUUCAGAUGACAUAAAAGUGGUACUAAUUCAUAUAGGUGCCACUAUAGAAAACUGUCUGCUGUGAAAGAUGACCAUAUCAACUACAUAAACAAAUAAUAAUUCUGUGUACUUGAUUUUGAAUUGAACAAACAGUUUUAGGUUUUCCUAUUCUUAAUGGCAGUGCAUUGCAAUACUUUUUUGCUUCAUUUUUUAUUUUUCUUUCAGAAAUGUCUUUUCUGAUAUAAACCAAAAUUGCAAAUUAAGAUACUCUGCCAUUGGCCAAAGUGUAAAAUUUUAGUGAUGGAAAAUAUAUCAGACUAGUUAACUAUACUUGCCUGUUAUCAGGCUCAAACUUUACAAGCUGCCCAUGCUUGAAAGUGCAGUUCAAUUUUUUAUAAAUGUUUAUUAUUAUUGAAAUUUUAAAUUUUCUAGGUCUGGUAUGAAACAUUAAUAAUUAACUGGGGUUAGAACAACAUGCAGCUGUACAGGAUUUCUAAGUUUCAGUGAGAAACUUUAACUAAUUUUCAAUAAAGAAGCCAAUUUAAGAAUUAGCUAUUAAAAUCAUAGUAUUAUUGAGGUUAACUUUCCUUUUUUUAAACAUAAAUUGUUUAUUUUUAUAUACCAAUUUGUUGAUAAUCCUUCUCUGAUGUAAUGUGUAUUUAAGUACUGUUUCUGGGAUAUGUUUAUGUUGAUAGUUAAAGAAUAUGCAACUAAUAAAGUAAAACAUCAGUCUGAAUUUGUAAACUUGACAUUAAAAGUAUCAUACUGAUUAUAUAAGAAUUCAUCAUCUAGAUAUGAAAAUAAUGUAUACCUGCAAAUUUUUCAAUAUCAGCCAUUGUUGCAUUAAACCAUCUAUCCCUUCAUCAGUUUGUUGUCUGAAAGCAUUGUCUUAUGUAAUAUAAUGAGUUUAAUAAACAUGAA